AUGGCAAUGCCGUCGGAGGAGGAAGAGGACCACUAUGCGAUCCUGGGGUUGCCCUCGGGAGAGGAGGGCGCGAAGCUCUCAAUCAAGGAGAUCGAGAAGGCGUACAAGGUCAAAGCUAGGGAGUGCCAUCCGGACAAGCGCCGGGACGACCCCGACGCCACCGCCGUCUUCCAGAGGCUCGUCUCCUCCUUUGAAAUUCUCAAAGACGAGGCCGCCCGCAAGGCCUUCGACGACCUGCUUCGCGCUCGAAGGGAGCGUCUCCUCCGCGAGUCUCGCCACGAUGCCAAGCGGCGGAAGCUCGCCACCGACCUCGAGGAACGGGAACGCGCCGCCACGGCAGGCCCCGGUCUCGAUCCGGUGGAGAAGGCCCGCCGAGAGGAGGCGCAGGCGGCCGCAAGGCUCAAGGAAGAACUAGCGAGGUUCAGGGCAGCGAUGUUGGUCAAGAAGAAGGGGAGUGACGCGCCAACGGCUCCGCCCGGGGGGCCGGUAGGUGGGGCUGGACCUAGGAAGGACAAGGUCAAAAACGACGGAGGUCCUGGUCUUGAUAAAGAGAGGGUUCUGAAAGUUUCCUGGGAGAGAACGGCCGGGGAGUACAGCGAAGCCAAGCUUAGGGAGGUAUUCAGAAACUUCGGAGAGGUGGAGGAUGUGAUGUUAAGGUCGAAAGGAACGAAGAAGAAAGGAUCAGCCCUCGUUGUCAUGGCUUCCAAAGCUUCUGCGGUGAGACUCUUUCUUUUUCUCGUUAAGUUAUCUGUGACAUCGAUCAUGGGUAUCGUUAAUGAUAGACGAGAAGAUGAAAUUCUGGCAGAAUAGUUUCCUAGCUCUGAGGCAACACUCGGAUUUUUUCUUUCCCCAAGAAGUGGUUUCCUAAUAUGCGCUUCAAAUUCCUUGCAUCAUCAUGGGGCCUCACCUCGAUCUGGAGUUUGUUUGUAGUAUGAACGAUGAAAUUCGAAGAUGUGGAGAACGGGGCUGGAGAGAAUUUCAGAUGUCUCUUCGUUCAAAUGUUGAAAAAGGAGAAUGCUGAGUUUGGUGAAAAAACCCUGCUGUUUACAAUGAAAAUACCGCGAUACAGAGCCAAUAAGAGACAUCCUGCUUACGAUAAAAUUAAAACCCCAAAAUUUUCCGAUAAUACUUUGAUUUUGGUGGGAAAGGAGUAGCAGGAUCUCUGCAGAGUUUAAAAAUUCGUUGUCUGACAUCAACAGGGCUAUCCUUGAAUGUGGAGGAGAUGGGAAAUCCUCAAAUAUCUAUUCUCAUCAUGGGUUGGGGGGGGGGAGCGAAACUUUUCUUUAGCUAUUACAUCGACGCAUUUAUUCCAUCAGGGAAACCUGAUUUAAUAUUUUUUUCUUCUGGAAAUUUAUCCUGCUUUCUUUUCUUCUCUUAUCGUGGUUUCCUAUUCUCUUAUAUCCACCUUCACAAAAAGCGGAUUUGUACAAGCCUGAAGAGACUUGCCAAAGACCCUGUAGAUGCCAACUGGUGUGAGGAAACCUGCUCUUUCAGAGAUCUCGGACUCUGCUGUGAAUAAGCUUAUAGCUGAUGUUAUUAUUUUAGCUCACUGUGUAAUUAGAUACAUUAUAAUUAACAUAACUCUUUCGAAUGUGGCUCUGUAUUACCUUAAACGAUUCUUCACUCUAUUACUGGUAUGGAUUUCUCAGUUUCAGGGAAAAAAAUGCAUAGAAACCUUGCCUUCUCCAUCAAUCCAGUUUAUGAUGUUUGCUUAUCGCCUGCAUUAAAUGGAAUGGGAAUUAUUCCUUUGUGUUUGCAGGUUGCUGCUGUGCAUAGUAUGGUCGGGAACCUUUCAAAUCCCUUACUGGUUCUUCCUCUUCAGCCUGCGGCAACUGGUCUUUCUGAAGGGUCUCCUGUGAGAUCAGCUGAAGCCGACAGUCCAAAGCUGAGCAACAUUGUUGGUCUUGGCUAUCAGGCUUUUGAAGAUUCUGUUUUGAAGAAGCUUCAGAGGGUAUGGAGGGCACUCUUUUAUAUUUUUACGAUCAUUAUUGCCAGUUUCUCCCAAUACGUACCUAAUAUGCCCAACCAAUAA